AGCAAUAAAUACACUUCCGGUACUUUUUGUUGUGCGACUGAAGCAUGGAGUGAAGCCACAUCCUUGCUAGUAACAAUAUCAACUUCCCACGUGUUUUUGGUUUAUUGCGAUAUACUAUUGUGCGCACAUAGCUUACGUUAAUGGCGAAGAGACGCGCCGACGACACAAUUCAUUACGAGGCUCCAUCUAAAAAGUGUUACAGUUCCCUGAGCAGCGCUGACCUGCAACUGGAUAACAUGGAUCCCACCGGUGGGGGUGUGAGCGACACAAAGAGGCCGCAUUUCUUCGAGGACAACGAGAAACAAGAAGCAGCGGCUCUUAAUCGCAAACCUACGCACUUGUGCGACACCAUGAAGCACGCAGCUAAUGUUUCGACCGUGCAGAGUUCUGGAAGAUUCCAUGAACCUCACAGCUCCAGCGCGCUCUCAAACUCCAAGAAACGACCUCGAGGUGACUGCGCGAGUUCAGAGACUGUUCUUCCUAAAGCUGAUGAUAAAGCGGAUGAAGACCCCAACACUGAAGACUGCUCUUUCAACUGCUUCCAGUACUGGAGGGUCCCCUUGCUUAAACUCGACCUCUCACUGCUGGAAGAUGCCAAUGAGAAUUCCCAGAGCGGAAAAGACGAGUCAAAAGUCAAAGACUCUUCUCCCUAUGCCAUGGAAACUUGAAAAGGACAGGAGCAAGCUAGUCUGCUCUCCUCUGUCCGUACAACAGCAGUCAAGCGUGGUGAUGAAAGGGGAUGCUUUUGAGCAUAGAAAGUUGUACGCAUCCAGGUGAGAUGCAACAACCUUAAGUCUCAGACUGCCAAAGUUCAGUGAUAUUCUGUAAGUGAGCCUCGUGCAGGUUUAAGACCCCACUGAGCUGCAAAAAUACUCGUGGUGACCAAAAUUGUGGGGAAGUGCAUUUUGAUGGAGAGGUUGCCUGUGCAUCCUCAAAUUGUAGAUUGAUUUUAAAGUUUCUACAGAUUUGUAUGAACAAUAUGUUGGACUGCCUUGGGUACAAUUGUGACUUAGGCUUUUGGUUUUGUGUAUACCUACCUUGCAAACCUGGUAUUGGAACACAACAGUUCAUAUUAUAAUCAUUCUAUAAUAUCUUUCAAAGUGUACUCUAUGUAAGUCAUUCCUAAAUUGCUGUUUGUAGAUCAUGACUAAAUUGUAGAUGUUGGAUAGAUUUUCUAAAACACCUUAUUAAAGGCUUUAGUGUAUGCUGUAUUUGUAUGUGACUGACACACUAUCACUUGUCCCAGCCAUCUGUGUUCAUUGGAAAUAUAAUGGUUUUCUUAUA